AGGCCCACAUUCGCCACCGAGGUCCUACAGGACUUAGGGGACGGUAGGUUAGCGUGUCUUCAACAGUUCGCUGAGGAUGAGAGUGCGAAGAAAUCAGAGCAUUGGACUGAGUGCCCUUUCAGGCCAUUGGUUUGCGAACACAAGGGGUGUACGCGGACGGUGUCGUAUCUGCAUUUAAAAGAACACGACCAGCAGUGCCAGUUCAAGAUCAUACCAUGCCCAAAUGGCUGUGAUUACGAGUGCGUGCGCGGGGUUAUGUCUGCACACUUAGAGGGUUCGUGUGUGUGUAAGCCUAUUCCCUGCCCCUACCGACGCCUGGGCAAAUGCAACACUGUACCGCAGAACAAACUAGAGGCGCACCUCCUCACGCACUGCAACCAUCACAUUGAAGGAUUGGUGUCAUAUAUAGACACACUCACGCUCAGAGGCCAGAAGAUUGAGCAACGUAUAUACGAUGCGAAUGAUCGGCUGUCUCGGUUCAAGGACCAACAGUUCCAGAAACAUCUGAAAGACCUGGGCAAGAUGCAGAAGAAGAUAUCACAUAUGGAGUCUGAUCUGACGUCCACACAGAACAAGCAGAUGAAGCAACUCUCAAAGGUGCUAUAAGGAAUGCGCCGUGAAGGAGGGAUAAUAUCCGAUGGCGCACCUACAGUAAUGGCGGUUAGAACUAUGCCAUUUCAAGAAUCUCUAAAUUCAAAUUGUGCAAAUACCAUACAAGACCCAAAUGGAUAUACUUUUAAGAUGGACACUUUAAUAUUGUUUCGAUUGUACAACACAAGUUGUACUCCUCGCCGGUUUGAGGUGGAUAUAGAUAACGGGACAAUGUAUUUGUGGUCGAGGAGUCUGUGCAAGUUGUAAAUUGGGCCGAUACUAGAAUAAAAUGCAUGGCAUAUCCGAAAAUGAUUUGGUAUUUUCUGGUAUCAUUCAAUUUUCU